AUGGACCUCACAGUAAAUGCUGUGAUGCUGAUGAAAGUGAGUUUGAUAGAAACGGGCUGCUUUUGGAGACUAAAGCAAAAUACAGAAAGAGAUGGAGAUAGGUGUAAGGAUUGUAUCUUUUACAUUCAGACAUCAAACAAGCAUAUGAGGAAAUAUGAUUCAAUGAAACAGCUUUACCGUGUGCCAGUCAAGAAAUAUCAAUAUAUUCUGACAAUGAUUUUUGUCACUGAGGAGAUCAACAGAAAUCCCAAACUUAUACCCAACAAGUCUAUUAAUUUUUACAUCAGACCUUCCAAGUGUGAUGAUUCAUGGACUAUUAUCUCUUUUCUAAGUUCUGGUAUUGUUCCUAAUUUUAGCUGUGAAACAAACAAAUGUGAUUUUCUACUAUUCACAGGACCAUCAUGGGCAACAAGUGCCAAAGUUGGGACAUUGUUUUCAAUCUUUAAUUAUGGGCAGAUUCACUAUGGCCCAUUUCAUCCUAUUCUGAGUGACCAUAAUCAGUAUCCUUAUCUGUAUCAGAUUGCCCCCAAGGAAACAAGACUGUCUUUUGCCAUAGUCUCCCUAAUGCUUCAUUUCAACUGGACCUGGAUGGGGUUGGGAAUCUCUGAUGAUUACCAAGGUAUUCAGUUUCUCUCAGACUUCAGGAAGAUGCAAGGAAAUGAACUCUGUUUAGCUUUUCUGAAUGUGAUCCCACUAAACAUGAAGUUAUACAAGAAAAGGGGUUGGAAAUAUUAUAAACAACUUGUGACAUCAUUGGCAAAUGUUGUGACCAUUUAUGGUGAAAUGAAUUCUACAUUGGAAGUGAGCUUUAGAAGCUGGACAUAUUUAGGCAUCUGUAGGAUCUGGGUCACCACCUCACAGUGGGAUGUCAUCACAAAUACAGGGAGAGACUUCAUUCUUGACUCAUUCCAUGGUGCUUUCACAUUUUCCCAUCAUCAUCCUGAAAUUCACAAUUUAGAAAAAAAUAUGCAGACAAUGAACAUUUCUCAAUAUCCAAUAGACAUUUCUGUGAUGAAAUCAGAAUGGAUGUACUUUAAUUGCUUGGACGUUGAAUCUACAUGUAUAACACAGAGGAAGUGUUCAGCCAACACCUCAUUAGAAUGGUAUGCAAGUCAACGAUUUGAUACAGCCAUGGAUGAUGAGAAUUAUAACCUAUACAAUGCUGUGUACGCUUCAGCAUAUGCUUACCAUGAAAUGUAUUAUCAACAGGUAGAUAGUCAGCCAUUGAGAGAACUCCACAAAGAUAACUGCCCAAAGUUUUAUCACACUCUGAAGAACAUGCAAUUUAUUAACCCUGUUGGAGACCUAGUCACUUUAAAUGAGAAAACAAAAUGUGAUGCAGACUAUGAUAUUUCCCACAUUUCAAAUUUUCCACAUGGUCUUGGAAUAAAGGUGAAAAUAGGACAGUUUUCUUCACAUGGUUCUCUUGGCCAACAAUUGUAUUUGUCUGAGGAGGCAAUAGAGUGGGCCAUGGGGAGUAGGCAGAUUCCCUCCUCUGUGUGCAGUGAGACUUGCAGGCUUGGUUUCAGGAAGUUCCGACAGGAGGGAAAGGCAGCCUGCUGUUUUAAUUGUUCCCCCUGCCAAGAAAAUGAGAUUUCUAACAUAACUGAUAUGGAACAAUGUGUGAAGUGCCCAAUCAAUCAAUAUGCCAGCAGACAGAAAAACCACUGUCUCCAAAAAACUGUGACGUUUUUGGCUUUUGAAGACCCAUUGGGGAUGGCUCUGGCUUGCAUGGCCUUGUGCUUCUCUGCACUCGCUGCUCUUGUUCUUGGGGUUUUUGUGAAGUACCAAGACACACCGCUUGUGAAAGCCAAUAAUCGAACAAAUAGCUACAUACUACUCAUCUCCCUCAUGUUCUGUUUUCUCUGUCCAUUACUCUUCAUUGGAUAUCCCAACAACACCAAUUGCAUCCUGCAGCAGAUCACGUUUGCAAUUCUGUUCACUGUGGCUGUAGCCACUGUUUUGGCCAAAACAAUUACUGUGGUUCUGGCCUUCAAGGUCACUACUCCAGAAAGAAAGAUGAGAGGGCUGCUAGUAUCAGGUGUACCUAACUUCAUCAUUCCUAUCUGUACCUUGAUCCAACUUAUUCUCUGUGGAAUCUGGAUGGGAACAUCCCCUCACUUUGUUGACUCAGAUGCACACUCAGAACAUGGCCACAUCAUCAUUGUGUGCAAAAAAGGCUCAGACACUGCCUUCUACUGUGUCCUGGGCUACCUGGGAUCUCUGGCUAUAGGGAGCUUUACUGUGGCUUUCCUGGCCAGAAAUCUGCCUGAUACAUUCAAUGAAGCCAAGUUCCUGACCUUCAGCAUGCUGGUGUUCUGCAGUGUGUGGGUCACCUUCCUCCCUGUAUACCACAGCACCAAGGGCAAGGCCGUGGUGAUAGUGGAGGUCUUUUCUAUCUGGGCCUCUGGUGCAGGGUUACUAGGUUGUAUCUUUUUCCCCGAGUGCUACAUCAUUUUAUUAAAAUCCAGUAAAAUUUCUCUAAAGAGGAUGAAGAUAAAAACAUAUUGUCCAACCAAUUGA